AUGAAGAACAUAAAUUAAUUUCAAAGUCUGGAUUGCCAAUUGGGUGAUUAAUAUGACCCCACAGCCAAAAUAGUUGUUUCGUCUCGCCAGGAGAAGGAUGAUUAUUUACUACCGCGGAUUUGCAAAUAAAUUGAAUUCUACUUGGGAGAUGCAAACCUAUUGCAUGAUAACUAUUUCAGACGGCUACUCCAAGAAAAUUAGGGUUGGAUUCCUUUGGAGGCAUUCUUAUAAUGUAAUAAGAUAAAAGUUAUACUUCGUAAUUAUCCGAAAGGAUCGAAGCAGCAAGUGCUAAUUCUAAUAUACGCAUUGAAAAGAAGUGACAUUUUGGAGGUGGAUGAGGAUAGAGGGAUGGUGAAGAGGAGAAUUCCAUUUGUUGACAAUAGUAAUUUUAUGGAUGAGCGGACCAUUUAUGUGGAGAACAUUCCCCGAGUCGUGGAUCAAUAGUUGUUGCAUCAGAUUUUCAGCAGAGUAGUGUUAUUGUCCUAAUGAAAAUAGAUAGAUAAGCAGGUCUUGCAGGUGAAGAAAUUCGACACGUAUGGAUUUAUAACCUUUCUUAACAUCGAGAGUGUAAACAAGGCCAUUCAAGUUUGCAACAACUUAAUACCUAAAGAGAUUAUGGAGAGGGAAAGUAAGGAGAGUCUAAUUUAGUAAUGAUCAAAGGCGGAUUACGAG